UGGACACUCAUCUGUCAGGUUUUAUGUAAGAAAUGUCACGCACGAGUGUCGAUCAUGGGACUCUCCCAUUGUAGUAGUUAUAAGUACUGUUUAUAAGUAGUUAUAAUGCGCAGUAUUACGUAACAUUUAUCUACACAUUGUGUCUCAAACAACGACUGACACAAUCGUGUUCUCAUACAAAUUUAAAUGAAUGAAUUAUUACUUCUUCUGACUACGGUAAGUAGGAAUGUUUCCCCCGCAUUGUUAAACAUGCAGUGCUCUUUGCUCAGGCUUACGCUGGCUGGAGCACCACUGUGCUAGGCCUAAGAUGCCGGCGGCGGGGUGGGGGUACAGCUUGUGCUUCUCUAUAUUAUAUAUUUCAGGCCUCUAAGCUUAUCGCUAGCUAGCCGAAGCGCGGAUUGCGCAUAUACGCGUCUUGUUUGUUAUCCCCUCUCUAUCACACUUUCAUGACUUUCAUGUGAUCUACGAAUUGUACGUUACGGUUCAAAUCUGGUCUAACCGUUCAAGUUAUCAGAAGAAUAUUGGAACAAGUUGAUGCUGCUGAUAUGGCGCCAAUCAGAUUUGCAAUAUUAACCAUAAGCGAUACUUGCGCCAAUGGAGAGAAAGAGGAUGGAACCGGUCCGUUAAUAAAAUCAUUAAUCAAGAGCCCAGAUGAACUGGUAAAUGUGGGUACUCCGAUUCACCUACUUAAGGGAGAAGUAUGCCAUACUGCAAUUGUGCAAGAUGAUGAAGAUUUAAUUAUAAAACAGCUGAUCGAUUGGAGCGAUAAGAACAAGGUUGAUGUUAUUCUCACCAUUGGUGGUACCGGAGUCUCCCACAGAGAUGUUACACCCGAGGCGACCAAGAAAGUAAUUCAUAAAGAGGUUCCUGGAAUACCCACAGCGAUGCUUAUGCAGAGUAUAGAGGUCACACCGAUGGCAAUGCUGUCUCGAGCUGUGUGUGGAAUACGGGGCAAGACGUUGAUCAUUAACUUGCCUGGCUCGUGCAAAGGUGCGUUCGAAUGCCUGAAUGUGAUCGCACCUGCGAUACCGCAUGCGGUGGAAAUAAUCAUGGAUAACAAAGCGGGGAUCGAAGUUACGCAUAAGAACGUGCAACGUUGCACGUUACGUAAUGUAAAUAACACAUACACGCAGACAUAUGUCGAGAAUAUAACUAGUCGCCCGAGGACAUCCCCGUUUCCUAUGAUCUCCGUAGAGGAAGCAACCCUUAUAAUACGCAACAUGCAGAGCACACAGAUAGAAAGGAUAGAUGCAAAAUAUGCCCUCGGCAGGAUACUGUAUAGCAGUGUACUUUCUCACGUUAACUUGCCACCGUUCAGAGCUUCUAUUAAAGAUGGAUACGCAGUACUGGCGAGCGAUGGGAUAGGCAGGCGUAGAGUACUGUGUGGUGUGAAAGCAGGAGCCACGCCCAUUUCGAUUCGCCUGGAACCUGGCACCUGCGUGCGCGUGAACACCGGAGCACCGAUUCCUAGUGAGGCAACGGCUGUUGUACAAAUUGAGGAUACGAAACUGCUACUGAAGAGUUCCGACGGCACGGAGGAAGAGGAGAUAGACAUAAUGACUUUACCAGUAGAGGGACAAGACAUCAGACCUAUCGGUAGCGACAUAGAGGCAGGGAGUGAAAUUUUGUCCCAGUACAGAUAUAUUGGCCCAGUGGAGAUGGGACUACUGGCGGCUUGCGGCUGUAAAGAUGUUAAAGUAUUCAUGCUUCCAUCCGUGGGUGUGUUAUCUACCGGAGAUGAACUGCAGGAGGCAGAUGGACAGCUUCUGAAACCGGGACGCGUCUUCGACAGUAACCGGAUAACUUUGAUCUCGCUCUUACGAGAAAACGGCUUCAAGUCUAUCGAUUUCGGAAUCGCGGUUGACGACGAAAGCGCGCUGAUACAGAAAAUCACCGAAGCUCUGGACAAAGUGGACGUAGUCGUGACAACCGGCUCCGUGUCCAUGGGCGAUCGGGACAUGUUAAAACCUAUUUUGGAGAAGCAUUUUAAGGCCGUUAUACAUUUUGGUCGCGUAAAUAUGAAGCCAGGAAAACCUACGACAUUCGCGACGUGCGAAUAUAACGGCAAGAGAAAGUAUUUCUUGUGUCUGCCGGGUAAUCCGGUGUCCGCUAUCGUUACCACGCAUUUAUUCGUUUUGCCCCUUCUGAACCUCAUGCAGAAUAACUAUAAGGAACCUGCCAUAGUGCGAGCCAAGUUGACGUCGUCGUACAAUCUGGACCCGCGUCCCGAAUAUGUGAGCGCGACGUUGAAAUGGAACGACAAAGAACCUCUUCCACUUGCCCACAGAACAGGAACUCAGAAAAGCAGUAAGUUACUGAGUUACAAAAAUGGUAAUGCGCUCUUGAUGUUGCCCGGCCGAACAGAGAAGAAACAGACGUUAAACGAGGGUGACGUCGUACCAGCGAUGUUAAUCGGCUUUAAUUAAUUUCGAAGAUGCAUUUAAUAAUUUAUGCUGCAGCGAAGGCCCUUUCUGCCGCCGCUCUUAAUAUAAAAGCAUAAGAAAAUUAGUGCAAGGUAUGUAAUGGAAUUUGUAAUGGAAUUUUGUAAUUUGUAAUGGUAAUUUUGUAAUGGAAUUGGAAUGGGUUAUUACUGCACUACUAAUGCAAUUGAAAAGAUUAUUAUUAAUAUUUUAUAGAAAA